AUGCGAAGUAUUCGCAAUGUCAAAACUACAGGAACUAUUCGCUAUGCCAAAGCUGUAGGAUCUAAAGGAAUUGUUCGUAAUAUCAAAGCUUUUUGAAGUAUGGGGACUAUUCGUAAUAUCAGAAGUGCAGGAACUAUCCGUAAUUUGAAAACUAUAGGAACUAUUCCUAAUUUCAAAACUAUUGCAGCUACAUGAACCACAGGAACUAUUAGUGAUACACAAACUAUAGGAACUAUUCGCAAUUCCACAACAGCUUUGUUUGGCCGUUGAACUACUCAUGAAAGCCAAGGCAAAUCAUCCGAAACUACACCCAAUACAGCCAUCAGUUCGAGUCCCUUGUGAGCCAUCAUUUGAAAAAGAGUCCGAUAUCGAAGCAGCUGCACCAUUUACACCUAUUCUUCCCGUUAACCGUUUUUCAACCAACAAUUCUUCCUCUUGUAUCACCUCCAAUCUCACAGUCCGUACCAUCCAAAAGCACUGCAACUAUUCCUAAUUCCAAAAGUCGGACGAAACUACAGGAACUAUUCUAAAUAUCCGAACUUUAAGAACCAUUCGUACUCUCUCACAUAUGGCAACUACCUGAACUACAGAAACUAUCAGUAAUAACGAAAGCACUACAGAAACUAUCGGAACUAUUCGCAAUAUCAGUACUAUAGGAACUCUUCCUAAUAUCAAGUCUAUAGGAACCACUCGCAAUAAAAACAAUAAAACUACAGAAACUAUUCGUAAUUUCAAAACUAUGGGAACCGUUUGUAAUAUCGAAACUAGGGCAACUAUUCGCAAUAUCAAAACCAGGAAUUAAUCGUAAUAUCAAAACUAGCGGAACUAUUCGUAAUUUGAAAACUAAAGGAACUGUCCGUAACAUGAAAACAUCAGCAGCUAUUCUAUUUGAUAUUGCUCAUAGCUCCUACCGUUCUGAUAUUGCGAACAAUUCCUAUUGUUUUGAACUACCAAAUAGUUCCUGUACUUCCAGUAAAACCUACAUUACACCCG